GAAGCUCCGCUGCGUCCGCGGGGAAGGCGACGGCCCUCGCUUUCCGGGGCGAGGUCUGCUCAUCCAGCUGUGGCGCCCUUCCCGCUUCUCUCUCCCCCCCCACACACACGUCGAGGCCUGCAGCUGCAAGAGCCAAGGGAGCGACUCCGGGGCGGAGUUGCCGCUUUACUUCGCUCGCUCGCUCGCCGCGGAAGCGAGGCGAGGCCAGCUGGACGGGAAGGGGCUCGACCGUCUUCCGCCGCCAGCAUGUUUGGGAUGAUCAAAAAUUCCCUUUUUGGCACGGCGGAGGAGUGGCCCUGCCGAGUCCUCAGCAAGGGGGAAAAGGAGGAAGUGGGCUACGAGGAAAGGGUAUAUGAAGGUGGAAAGUUUGCCACAGUUGAGGUCACUGGAAAGCCGUAUGAUGAGGCUGUAAAAGAAGCAGUGCUGAAGCUCCUGAAAUAUGUUGGAGGAAGCAAUGACCAGGGUGCUGGGAUGGGCAUGAUGGCCCCUGUGUGCUCCACUGUGUUUCCUGCAGAAGACGGGUCCUUGCAGCAUAAAGUGAAAGUCCUGCUACGGAUUCCAAGCCAGUUCCAGGCCAGUCCUCCUUCGCCUACUGACGAAAGCAUCCAGAUUGAAGGAAGAGAAGAAAUGACAGUUUACUCCACGCAAUUUGGAGGCUAUGCCAAAGAAGUGGACUAUGUGAAUUAUGCAGCCAAGCUGAGUUCUGCUUUGGGAAAUGAGGAAACUUACCACAAAGACUUCUACUUUUGCAAUGGCUAUGAUCCCCCCAUGAAGCCGUACGGGAGACGUAAUGAGAUUUGGCUGCUGAAGAAGUGAGCAACCCCAGAGAUCUACAACUGCCUUUUGGGGAGGUAGAUAGGGGGAGUUGGAGGAAAAACUUCCCCAAAGGCCACAGGAACUAGGUUUAUUUUUUUAGAGGUUCACUCAACUUUUUUAAAGUAAAUUGCUUUUAAUCAGAAUAUA